CCCAUCUUGUACUCGAAAGCUUAUAUUAUAUUAUUUAAUUAAGUAUCUGGAGAAAAAUGAGAUAACAUUUUUUAUUUAUCUCAGGUGACAUUCACAGUGUCACAGCAGAAUAAAAUAAUUAAGAUUAAGUAUAAGGACUGUGAAAUAAAGAAAAUAAAAGAGUUCAAAAUGUAUACAACUAAAAAAAAGCAAAGCAAGGAACUGCAGUGAAGAUUCAUGUUAAAAUAUGCUAGUACAAUAAUUAAUAAAAAAGCAACAUUAAUAAAGCAACACACAAUUAGUAAAUCAAUCUCAAUAGAUUUAUCAGAGUCACAAAUGGUAUAUUUAAUGAUAGACCUGAGAGGAAAAGCUAUGAAAGCAUAUACAAAUAAAUCUAACUAUGCUCAUAUCCAUACUGUAUGUGUUUAUGAACAACAGUGCAAAAGUAAUGGUGCAAGUAUGAGUAACGACUGAAUGAAAAUAAUCUGCAAACUAUAUAGUUAAUACAGUAAUAUAACUUUAAUACUAAAUAGUUUUCCUUCUAAUCCAAAUUCAGUCCAUGAAUGUUGUGAUAAUUACCCGAUGAAUUUAAUCAGGUGUGUUAAAAUGAAGUAGAAUAAUUAACCAGUCCUGGCGCAGGAAGCGGGACAAGUGUAAACGUCAUGACAGGCUCUGCCCAUUUUGUGACGUAGUACACAGGAACGCCCGAGAGACGCUGACAGGAAACAUGCGGAAAAGCCGAAAAGAGUGAAAUGUAACGAAAACACUUCAAAUAGGCGGAAAAACAGGAGGUUGAACCUUUAGUUGAUGAGAUCGUGGUUUAUUUGUUCCACGACCGCGUGUAUUUAAAUGAAUAAUAAUUAAUUCGUGACUCAUGAUACAUUUUAACACAAUAUGCAGCUUAUUUAUCCUGGACUUGAGCUGCCAGACCAGUCAGUGCUGAUUAGAUGAAAUGGUCGCAACUCAGUGAAGAGUAAAAUAAUCCAAAGCAGAAGACCAGUCAAUAUUUCUACAUACAUGGAAACCUCAAAGGCAAUGGCUGAAACGGAAAUAAAAGUCGCCUUCGUGAGCAACCUCAAUGGCACGACGCUGACAGAAGUGUCUCUCGGAUCCUUCCUCGCCCCUCUCUGUCUUCUCAGCCGAGGCUUGUUCGUACCAGUGUUCCACCUAAAUAAAGGUGUUCUCCCACUAAGCAGCAGUGCUCACCUGCUUUUGGAUUUUAUUCUGCUCAUAACACCGCUGGUCCUCUCCUGCACUGUCCUUAGUGACGUCCUUCACUGGGUUAUAAUUUUGUUGGCUGUCGUUGAUGUUUGUGCAGUUUUUAUAUUGUACUCAAAAAGGCAUAAAAAACCUGCCGGUCAUCAGAGUAUGAUUGACAGCUUUGAACACAGCCAUGUCGAGUCCAGUCUGGUGCCUUUUUUGACAGCGUUCAGGGUGCUGGUGAACGUCAAGACGGCUAUCAGCAUCCUAGCUGUGGAUUUUACUGUUUUUCCGAGACGAUACGCCAAAACGGAGAUGUACGGGACAGGGGUUAUGGACUUCGGGGUGGGAGCUUAUGUUAUGGCUAAUGCAAUGGUGUGUCCUGAAGCUAGAGGGAAGAAAAUACAGGGUUCGAAACUGAGCCAUUUGGCAAAGCAGGUUUUCUCAAUAUGGCCCCUGGUGGUGCUCGGUCUUGCGAGGCUGGCUAGCGUGAAAGCGACAGGCUAUCACGAACACAUCACCGAAUACGGGCUGCACUGGAACUUCUUUUUCACUUUAGCCAUAGUGAGAGUGGUGGCGUCAGCUUUACUCGCCGUGUUUCCCAUCAACGUCUCCUGGCUCUUGUCUUUACUGAUCAUUGGCGCUUACCAAGUCGUCUUGGAGAAAACAGAUCUGAAAUCAUUCCUCACCCAGAACGCUGAGCGCGGUAGCUUCAUGCAAGCCAAUAAAGAAGGUAUAUUCUCUGUAGUGGGUUACGUGGCUGUCUACAUGGCUGGAGUUCAGGUUGGUGUCUAUCUAAUGCAGACUAGAACUCUGGUCAAGGACUGGAUACGAGUUAUCCGGAACCUUCUACUGGGAAGCUUUGGGCUCUGGGUUGCUUUACAUGCCUGUCAAACGCACAUAGAGCCGGUUUCACGCCGCAUGGCCAACCUGCCGUUCUGUAUAUGGACCAUAGCACAGUCCUUGUUUUUUCUUUCCUGUUUGGGCAUAGCUGAUAUUGCAUUGCUUUUUGCCAAAGUGGUGUCCAGUUUCACUGCUGUGUCAGCCUCCUGGAAUCCCCGUCACCGUUCGGAAACAGAACGGAAAAUAAUGAACAAACUGGACGCUUUGUGUUUAAUUCAGGCUGUGAACAGGAAUCAGUUGCUGUUUUUCCUCCUCGCGAAUGUAAUGACUGGAUUAACCAACAUACUCGUAGACACUCUGAAAAGCAACGACUUGUUUGCGGUUUGUGUUUUGCUUUCUUACAUGUUCAUAAACAGUUUAAUCAUAUUCAUUUUACAUGUAAAUAAUAUUACAGUUAAAUUUUGGUAAUUUUCCUCCCUUGUUUUAAUCGGGUUAGAUUAAUUACUGCUAUGAAGAGAUCACUUGAAAUGAGAUUGUAGGUCAUAAUUAUAAACGAUCUGCUGUGUAUUUAUCACUUUGUGAUAUCUCGAAUAAAAAAUUGGAAGUGC